CACCUGUUAGUUUUCUCGUUCCUUUAUUUCUAUCUUUACAGUGUAGAUUUUGUAGAUCCAUAACAUACACCACUGUCCUUGAUAUUGUAAAUUAAAAUAACAAAAUCUGAUGAAAUUUUCAUUUCAUUUCAAAUUUAAUAUUUAAACAACUUCAACAUUGAGAAGAAACAGUUAAUCUUAGUCUCUGCAAAUUAAUCCAUAUAUACUUACAUUUAUUUUAAAGAUUUGUAAUCUAAAAAUGAAAAAAAAAAUUCUUUCAAGAACUGACAAGUUUUAGUAUUAUAAGGUAGGAACUCCAAUUUCAAACGCGUUACAUUUAGAAGCUUCCCAUUGACAAAAGACAAUUAAUCACCGACAGCCAAGUGAUCGCUGCGCAAACGCGGAACGCUAAACAAACAACGGUACAAGUCCUAUUCCAAGUGACAAACUCGAAGUUCCCAGCAAUGUUGAAGACAGCGGCGGAGGUGGAAGCCGGAGUGAAAGGAGGAGAGCCAGGGUGGGCCGGGAGCGGAACAGAGAGAGCCACGGAGAGAAAGGCCACGACAGUGAAAGUGGAUCAAUACGCCGUUAACGUUUCGCCAGGCAACGUGCGAACAAUGUCUCUCUCCGCCUAUCCCGGUUAUUUCUCAUCAGAGAGUAGAGGUUCAGGCUCUUAGACGAGUCUGCAGUGUAAUCAUCAUCAACUUCGCCAUUGUUUCACUGCUGUCACUUCAGCAUUUAGCUUCUUCUUGCUCAAACAGGCUCAAACAUGAUCAAACUUCGGGCACAGAGGGACAGUGAUCACUUGAAACAGUUGUCAAUGGUGAACCAAGCAAGAUUCUCCAAAUACGUGCAGUGCCCUCAGUGAGAAAAGUGAUUGACAGUGUGAUUCAUGUGCACUGUUGGGACAAUGGACUCGUUGCAACCUUUUUACAGGAGUUCGUUCAGUUAAUUUAGUGUUUACAGUAAAUGGAGGGAAAAGGAUAGGGUACACAGCCUGCAGACUGAUUGUCAGGUCUGGUCUACUUAACGAUCAAUGUGUUCAGCGGAUUCGAUGAAAUGUACCUUUCUCAUUUUGUGAGUAGCUCUACAGGAAGAAAUACGAAAUAAGUUAUUGUGACAUAUCUGGUAAUUUUAGUGAUGCACAGAAUCACCUGCAAUUCCAAUCUACGUUGCAUCCGGAUUUUCCGGUGGACUAUCCUGGUGCCCCUGGUCAUUUACCUGAGCCUCCUUUUUGCGAAGUAUAACCGAAAUGUUCCGUUAAAGAGUUUGUCCACGGACAAGGACAACGAGGGAUCAUUGAUAGAGAAUUUGUUCGUUGAGCUGGAAGCAGUGACUGCCAGCCAAAGGGAACCUGACAAUGCCCUGACAUUCGAAGGAAGGGAUGAACAGAACAUUAAGGAGGUGGAGGAGGCAGAGAACAGGGAGAACCCAAGAACGUUACUCGAGAACAUCUUUAAGAAGGCAGACAUCGAUCAGAAUCAGCUGUUGGACAUCCAAGAACUGGCUAAGUGGAUUCACACAAAAAUUACAGAGCACAUCAGUCGUGCUAUGAGGGAGAAUGUUGGUCUCUUCACUGCUAUCGAUAAUAACCCAAGAAAUGGUGAGGUGUCGUGGGAAGAGUAUCACGCGUACUUUCUCAGGUCCCACGGGUAUCUAGAGAGUUAUGUCAAUUCACAUGACAAGAAGCACAGCGACCUGUCACGAACGUUGAAGGAAAAUAUUAUGAGAGACAGAGCCAGAUGGGCGGAAGCAGCUAGAAACGAUCCGGACAGGCUGGCCCUGGACGAGUUUCUUGCUUUUACACAUCCUGAAAGCAGUCACAGGGCUCUUCUUCAAAUGGUGGAAGACUUAUUUGAGAAAUUCGACCGUGAUGGAGAUGAAGAGCUGACUGAAGAUGAAUUCUCGGAUUUGCCUGCUGAAGGAAUGGGACUUGAUUUAAGGGAAGAUAAACAUGAGACUGUUAGUGGAGGCGAGGACAGAAAGCAGGAGUUCAGACAUUUGAUAGAUAAGAAUAAAGAUGGAAAAGCUGAUAGAACUGAGCUCCUGAUGUACAUAGAUCCAAGAAAUCCAAGGCACGCUAUACAAGAAGCCCAACAUUUGAUAAGUCUAUCGGACACAAACAUGGAUGGGAAACUGAACAUUUCUGAAAUCUUGAACAAAAUGGAAUUGUUCCUGGGUAGCAAAAUGGUGGACACCGAAGGGAGUUUCCAUGAUGAAUUUUAAUAAAUCUGCUGCAGUGAAAACAAAGGAUCUGAGAAUAACUGAAAAUGGAAGUCUGAGAAUCAAAUUUCUAUUAAAUCUUUAUAUCACUAUUAAAACCAGACAAUAUUCAUUAGCAAUAGUUAGUGACUUGAUAGGUGAUUGAUCUCUAUUGAGAUUUACUUUAAACAUGCUCUUCUCCUGAUGGAAUUUUUGUAAAGCUGUGUAGUUGAGGAGAAACAUAUAUUUCCACAGAAUCACUAUCUUUUCUACAGUGUCUAUUUUAGUAGCACGAACUCUAUUUUUUUGCAAACUGUCUUUUUUGCAUUUUGGAGGACACUUUUUUCACUUGUAUACUCAUCAAUGUGGAAAGGAAUUGGGCAACUCUUUUAUAGCAUGUAAGAAUGAUGUAUGAGAAUUUCAUUGAGACUAAUACAGCUAUUUUUAAUAAUGUUGUAGCAACAUGAAUGUCACAAUAUUUCUUAUUAAUUAUCAUUCAUUCUUUCUAACAUUUAAAAUACAAUUUUACUAAACGAUUACACCAUUCUCCGAGAGCGAAGUGUUCAUACUGAUUUUCUCUACAUAAUUGUGAAUGUUUAAAUCAUAUUAAACACUCUAAGGUCUUUUAAAACAUAUCUGUGAUAGUCUUCAUGACACAGAGUAUUAUUUCUUUGCCUGAUAUGGAUAGAAUCGAGCUAAACUUGUUAACAAAUGCAUAGGCCGUUUCUCUAUGCAAUUCUUUUUUAUCAAACUAAUAAAUAUGUUAAGUUGAAACAGUGCAAAGUUACCUUGUAUACUUAAAUUUUCAGGGAACAUAGAAUUUACUUAAUUCGUUAACUAUUAUGAAGUACUUUUCGUAGGAAAUAAUUAUUUGUUAACAGCAAAAUAUAUAUCAAAAUAUGUUGAAAUUACAAAUAAGUUUUUAUAUUAGGUGUAUAAAUUUAUAUUAUGUAUGCAGAGCGUAAAUUACAACACGUCCAUAUUGUUAGUAUAAAAUUCAGUUUCAUCAUUUGAUUAAAUUAAAACAGAAAAAUUGAAUUUUCCCUAUAUUAAUUAGCAAUUAUCAACAAGUAUCUUGAUGAUGGGUGAAACAUUUAUGGGGAACCAAAUCCUUUUAUAAAGGCCGAGACUGAAAUAAUUACUAUGAGCUAGAAUAUUUAUCUAGAACUUUAUAGAAUAAUAUAAUUUUAUAUUCUCAUUAUUUUUUUCUAUAGAAGAAGUGGGAGUGUAGGAAUUACAUACUUGAAUCCGCCCAAUCGUCGAGUCUGUGUGAAAUACUAUAACUAUAAAAAGAAAACGCAGCAACAUGAGUUCAUUUAAAUGUUAAUUUCAAUGUUCAUGCAAAGCUUGCAUUCGUAGCAGUAACAAAGUUACUUUUAUGAUUUAAUUAAGUAGUAAUAAAGUUUCCUUUGAGUAUACAUGCUCAUAGAUUAUAUGAAUAUUAAAUGUUACGUUGUUUGAACAUUGUAUAAAAUGGAAUUUGUAAAGAAGAUUUUAUUACUAUUUUUUUGAAGAUAUUUAUAUGCUGUAACACGUUCUUGUAUAGUUCACUGUCGCAAUAAAAAAAACUUUUGUGGGUACAAUAAAUUAUUUUCUUUUCCUUUCAGAGCAUAUAAUAAAUAAAUAAAU